GGGGAGUGUCGUGGGAGUAGAGAGAGAUAAAAACAGGGGUGAAGAAAGAGUGAAGGGAGCAGAAAAGGGAGAAGAGCAAAAGGAAUAGAGAGAACGGGAAAGGAGAGAGAAAAGAGUUUCCGAUCGUCCGGGAGAGUGAAGGAGCCCGAAGGAGCGGAAGCGAUCCUAGGGGGAAGAGGAGCGCUGAGAGGGAGGGGAGAGGAAGGGCGAGGAGGGGGAGUACAAACUAGAGGAGGGUGAAGGAAGCGAGGCGCGACACUGCUCGGGGAGAGGAGGGCAGUGAGGAGCGAGGCGCGGGCAGAGGCGGCUCGGACUGCCGAGAGGAGGGAGCGCGGCGCAGAGAGGAGGGGCUUGCGGGCCCGUAGAAAUGUCAAUCAGAGCCCGGAGCCCCGGGAAUCUCCGCCAAUCUGUUCGGACCUGACCUGGCUCCUCGCCGCCGCCGCCGCCGCCGCCGCCGCCGCGGAGCAGAUCAAUAGGCGAACGCGGAGCGCUGCGCAGCGCGGGAGGCAGCGCGGCCCCAGCCCGGCCCAGCCCCCGAUGCGCGCAGGAGCCCGCGGGCGGCGCUGAGCUGGGCGGCCCAGGGGGCCGGGCCCCCUCUUCGUCCGUGCCCCGCGGGCCACCAUGUCCUUCCCCCAGCUCGGAUACCAGUACAUCCGCCCGCUCUACCCACCCGAGCGCCCGGGGGCCGCCGGCGGCGGCGGCAGCGCUGGAGCCCGGGGCGGCCCAGGAGCCGGAGCCUCGGAGCUGGCCGCCUCGGGGUCCCUGUCCAACGUGCUCUCCUCCGUGUACGGGGCGCCCUAUGCCGCGGCGGCAGCGGCUGCCGCCGCCGCCCAAGGCUACGGUGCCUUUCUGCCCUACGCCGCCGAGCUGCCCAUCUUCCCGCAGCUGGGCGCGCAGUACGAGCUGAAAGACAGCCCGGGGGUGCAGCAUCCGGCCGCGGCCGCCGCGUUUCCGCACCCGCACCCCGCCUUCUACCCGUAUGGCCAGUACCAGUUCGGGGACCCGUCCCGUCCCAAGAACGCCACCCGGGAGAGCACCAGCACGCUCAAGGCCUGGCUGAACGAGCACCGCAAGAACCCCUACCCCACCAAGGGCGAGAAGAUCAUGCUGGCCAUCAUCACCAAGAUGACCCUCACCCAGGUGUCCACCUGGUUCGCCAACGCGCGCCGGCGCCUCAAGAAAGAGAACAAGAUGACUUGGGCGCCCCGCAGCCGCACCGACGAGGAGGGCAACGCUUACGGGAGCGAGCGCGAGGAGGAAGACGAGGAGGAGGACGAAGAAGACAGCAAGCGCGAGCUGGAGCUGGAGGAGGAGGAGCUCGUGGGGGAGGAGGAGGACACGGGGGGCGAGGGCCUGGCGGACGACGACGAGGACGAGGAGAUCGAUUUGGAGAACUUAGACGGUGCGACCGCGGGGCCUGAGCUGGCCUUGUCUGGGGCGGCACACAGGGACGGCGACCUCGGCCUGAGACCCAUUUCAGACUCCAAGAAUAGCGACUCGGACGACAGCUCGGAGGGCUUGGAGGAGCGUCCACUGCCCGUGUUGAGUCUGGCCCCGGCGCCACCGCCGGUGGCCGCGGUUCUGCCGUCUCCGCCCUCGCCUCCUGCAGGCCUGGACCCCUGCGCUCCCGCACCACCGCCCGCCUCAGCCCUGCAGAAGCCCAAGAUCUGGUCCCUGGCCGAGACGGCCACAAGCCCGGACAACCCGCGCCGCUCGCCUCCGGGCGCGGGAGGUUCUCCCCCGGGGGCAGCCGUCGCGCCCCCAGCCCUGCAGCUCUCUCCGGCCGCGGCAGCCGCCGCGGCUCACAGACUCGUCUCGGCGCCGCUGGGCAAGUUCCCCGCUUGGACCAACCGGCCGUUCCCAGGCCCUACGCCGGGCCCACGCCCGCACCCGCUCUCCCUGCUGGGCUCGUCCCCUCCACACCUGCUGGGACUUCCCGGAGCCGCGGGCCACCCGGCCGCCGCCGCUGCCGCCUUCGCUCGGCCGGCGGAGCCCGAGGGCGGAACAGAUCGCUGUAGUGCCUUGGAAGUGGAGAAAAAGUUACUCAAGACGGCUUUCCAGCCCGUGCCCAGGCGGCCCCAGAACCACCUGGAUGCCGCUUUGGUCUUAUCGGCUCUCUCCUCCUCCUAGUACUUAUUUUUAAAAAUUUUCAAUCGUUGUAAUAAUUGUAAAAAAAAAAAAAAACAAAAACACAAAACUCUCUGUAUAGUUAUGACUUGUAAGCAUGUCCGUGUAUGAAUACCUAAGAAACAAAACUAAGCAAAAAGAAAAAAAGAAAAAAAAAAAGAAAUAAACCAAGUUCCCUCAGUCCUCCCCAAGUGGCUUCUGUACCCCACAUUAGCUGAGUUUGUGAGGGUUUUUCUGGUUGAUGUUGUUCGGUUGAUUUUGGGAGGUGGAGUUGCCGUGAGAAUAAGAGUGUCUGACUUUUUUUUUUUUUUUGUAUAUACAGAAAAAUGUACAUAUGUGUGAACCAAAUUGUACAAGAAAGUAUCUAUUUUUGGCUAAAUAAAUGAGCUGUUGCCACUUUGA